AUGCAUCGGGCCUCCUCUCGGAAGACAAUAUUCUCGCGCUUCUCCCAAAAUCUGCUGUCCCCAAGGUGGCUGAAGCUGGUAAAAUCGUAUUCAAGACGUACUCGACCGAUCCCCAGCGCCUCACGUAUUUCAAUUUGGUAUUUCCAGACGCAUCCUGGCUGUCUGGUCUUGGGGCAAGUGACAUUGUGGCGUCAUCUUCUCAAACAAAAUGCCAGCUUCGCCAGUUUCCGUCGCUAA